AAAUGGAGAAGAUGCGGUGGGGGUGGGCUGGCCUUGUGCUCCCUGUCCCUCCUCCUCCUCUCUUCCCCGCGUUUCCACCGUCUUAUAAGACCUCAGUUCAAGCCCGCUGCUACGAGACGACGUGACCCCAUUCGCCAUCCCCCUCCCCCUCCCCCUCCUCCCCAGCGCUAUCUGCCUACCAUGCACCUCUCCAACGCGGCCCUCCCGCUCAUCGCGGCGUCCUCGCUGGCGUCGGCGCAGCUGCACCAGUACGCGCGCCGGGCGGGGCUCCAGUACUUUGGGUCGGCCACGGACACGCCCGGGCAGCGCGAGCGCGCGGGGCUCGAGGCGGCGUACCCCAAGUACGACGCCAUCCUCAACGACGUGCGCGAGUUCGGGCAGACGACGGCGACCAACGGGCAAAAGUGGCUCUUCAGCGAGCCCGAGGAGGGCGUGUUCAACUACACCGAGGGCGAGGUGGUGUCGUCCAUCGCGGCGCGCAACGGGCAGAUGCUGCGCUGCCAUGCGCUCGUGUGGCACCAGCAGCUGGCGCCCUGGGUCGGGACCAAGCAGUGGACGCCCGAGACGAUGCGCGAGGCCAUCGUGCGCCACAUCCACAACGUGGCGGGCCACUGGAAGGGCCGGUGCCUGCACUGGGACGUGGUUAACGAGGCGCUCGAGGACGACGGCACCUGGCGCAAGAGCGUCUUCUACAACGUGCUGGGCGAGGAGUACAUCAAGCUCGCCUUCCGCGAGGCCGCAAAGGCCGACCCGCACGCCAAGCUCUUCUACAACGACUACAACCUCGAGUCGCCCGGCCUCAAGGUGGCCGCCGCGGGCAGGCUCGUCAAGAUGCUGCAGGACGAGGGCAUCCGCAUCGACGGCGUCGGCGCCCAGGCCCACCUGGUCGCCCACCGCGCCCCGAGCCUGGACCAGCAGAUCGCGGCGUACCAGUCGUUUGCCGACCUGGGCGUCGAGGUGGCCCUGACGGAGCUGGACGUGCGCCUGCAGCUGCCCGCCGACGCCACCAACCUGGCGCUGCAGAAGCAGGUUUACGCCAACUCUGUCGGUGCCUGCGCGCAGGUCAAGGGCUGCGUCGGCGUCACGCUCUGGGACUUUUACGACCCCUUCAGCUGGGUGCCCUACGUCUUUGACGGCGAGGGCGCCGCCACGCUCUGGUUCGACGACUUUAGCAAGCACCCGGCCUAUGACGGCAUCAUCGAUGCGCUCAAGAACAACUCCAAGUGCGCGAGCAAGAGGCGCCGGUCGAGGAUCGAGGGCUCCAAGCCUCUUUACUAGACGAGGCGAUGGCGCCCCAUCAGGCCCUUGCUUGGCCCGGCCAACAUACAUGAUUCACGAUUAUGUUCAAGGGAAGGAAGGCAAAAGUAACUAGAUAUAAUGCCAAAUUUUGUUAUUAAAC